AUGGCACCAAAACUAGCUACCAAACCUAGGGACAAAGAUAAAAGCAAUGCCCAAAAAAUGCCUCGUUUACCGAAGAAUGCGCGAAUCGAAAAGCGGCCUAUUCUCCGUCCACCGAUACCUUCUCCCUAUACCGGUGCUGACCAAAAGAAGGUCAUCUACGUCUCAACCAAAAUGCCGUUCAUAUCAGCCGUCAAACGGGUUCGCAAGCUGCUUGGUGAGAUUGACAAACGAUCUAUGGGCAAGGUAGACCUAGUGGAAGGCAAAGGCAGUGACAAACAAAAGCUCAGAAAGCUUGGUGAAAGAACCAAUGCUUCAACAGGCAAAGAACCAGAGGAAGUAGUCUUGAAGGCUACGAAUAGGGCCAUUCAGAAUGUGCUAGGCUUAGCGUUAUUCUUCCAGGGCCAAGAUGAUUGCAGAGUGCGGUUGAGGACUGGCACGGUUGGUGUUGUCGAUGAUAUAGUGGAGUCAGCGAUUCCCAAAGGGGCUGAGACUGUGGAAGUAGAAGAGGAGGAGGAAGAGUUACCAGAGUCACGGGUGAGGAAAGCUAGCUUCGUUGAAGUUGCCAUAACUCUCAUGUGA